GGUGCAUUUUACGCACCGCAAUUAUGGACUCCGGCUUUCAACCUGUCUUACUUUAGAGUGAAUAAACUAUUUCCCGUCACUUCUCCAUGACAAUAUAGUCAGACAUUUAGGAAAAUGUGGACGAUCCCGAAGCCAAGAUAUAGAAAUGGUUUGUGCGCCGAGGGUGAGGCUGAGAUUGCUGUAAACAUCGGAGGCGUGAGAGUGGUGCUUUUCGGGGACGUUUUGAACCGCUACCCGGAGAGCCGACUGGCGGAGUUGGUGAACUGCUCAACUCAAAAUGCUGAAGUUAUCUCGUCGCUGUGCGAUGACUUCGAUCCGAACAGAAAAGAGUUUUACUUUGACCGAGAUCCCGACGCUUUCAAAUGCAUCAUUGACGUCUACUACUUCGACGAGAUCCACAUCAAACGCGGCAUUUGCCCCAUCUGUUUCAUCAAGGAGAUGGAGUUCUGGAAAAUAGACCAAAGUGUUUUAGACGAAUGCUGUAAAAGUUAUUUAACCGAGAAGGAGGAGGAACUGAAAGAAAUUGCCAGUAAGGUGAAGCUUAUUUUGGAGGAUCUGGAGGUCGAAGCGUCGGUUACGCGUUCCGAGCGGUGCCAGAGGUUCCUGUGGAGGCUGAUGGAGAAGCCGGGUUCCUCCCUGCCGGCGCGCAUCAUCGCCAUCGCGUCUUUCCUCUCCAUCCUCAUCUCCUCGGUGGUGAUGUGCGUGGGGACCAUCCCGGAGCUCCAGGUGACGGACGCCGAGGGGAAGCUAGUGGAGCACCCCACCCUUGAGGCGAUCGAGACCGCCUGCAUCUUGUGGUUCACCGCGGAGUACCUGAUGCGUCUCGCCUCCUCUCCAAACAAGCUGCACUUUGCGCUCUCCUUCAUGAACAUCGUGGACUUUAUGGCCAUCAUGCCUUUCUACGUGGUGUUGACCCUCACGUACCUCGGAACCACCGCCUUGAUGGAGCUGGCUAAUGUCCAGCAGGCGGUCCAGGCUCUCCGCAUCAUGCGUAUUGCGCGCAUCUUCAAGCUGGCGCGCCACUCCUCCGGGCUGCAGACUCUGACAUACGCGCUGAAGAGGAGCCUUAAGGAGCUGGGGCUGCUCCUCAUGUACAUGGGAGUGGGGAUCUUUGUGUUCUCGGCACUGGGCUACACCAUGGAGCAAAGCCACCCGGAGACCCUCUUCAGGAGCAUCCCCCAGUCCUUCUGGUGGGCCAUCAUCACCAUGACCACGGUGGGCUACGGAGACAUCUAUCCAAAAACUACGCUGGGCAAGUGCAACGCCGCCGUGAGCUUUCUGUGCGGGGUGAUAGCCAUCGCCUUGCCCAUCCACCCCAUCAUAAACAACUUUGUAGUGUUCUACAACAAACAGAAAGUGCUGGAGACGGCGGCGAAACACGAGGUGGAGCUGAUGGAGCUGAAGUCCGGCAGGGACACCCACAGCAAAGAGAGGGACCAAGAAGUGAAUGUGGGCGCUCCAGUGGGAAGAGGGUGUCACCAAGUCGCGCAGAGUUAA